AAACAAUUUAACGUAGUUCCGCUAAAAAAAAAAAACAACGGUCUUCUUCAUUCCAACCACGAGCCCAGAGGAUACAAAGCACUUUUUUUUGUUGUUGUUUUGGUUGAAGGUUUUGUUUUGUUUUUCUCUUUUGGGGCUCUACUGAUCCAAUAUGGCGGCACGAGCAAGGACGUUUCUGUCGUUGUUUUCUAUGGCAACGAGAAAAAAAGUGCUAGGCGGCUAGUUCGGCUAAGCUGUCAUAUGAUUAGCGACUAGAACCGAACUGCCCGAUUCCAAUAUGGUGGUUGGGUCGGUGGAAGUAUUUGUCUUACUAACGAUAUCGUCGGCUUGCUGGUUCGGACCUGGCGUGUGGAGCCAAAACACCUCGCCUCUGGUCUUCGGCCUGCGACUGGAGGAAGCUACCGAGCGAGUGUACAUGCGCGAGCGCGUCCUGACUGCAGCGCGUGGCUCCACGUUUAAGCUCCGGUUGUUCGGUUCCUACUUGCUGAACGGGACCUCGGGGCCGUGGGUCGCGUUCGCGCAAGAGGAUGCAACUGAAGACGCGUGUAACCAAGAGACAUUGCGCAAUGCCUCUGAUUUCCAAGUGAGCGGAAAGUUUAAAGCGGAUGACGAAAACGAGGGCUUAAUAACAGUCCGAACCGAAGACACGAGCAUCUCUGAUGAGGCAGAGGAUGAAACUCAUCCGGUUUUUCACUGCUUGUGCGUGUUCAGUGGGGAAAAGUGGCAGUUAGCGGCGCGGGAUAGGUUCCGUCUAAAAGACCCGGAUCUGCCACCUGAAUGGAUCCCAGCAUGGGGUCUGGCUAUAAUUAUUAUCUUAGGAGUUCUCAUAUGUUCACUGAUACGAUGCCUGAAUCUUAGUUUGCUUUGGCUCGACCCUCUGGAGCUUUAUGUGCUACACAGCUGUGGCUCAGAAGAUGAGAGACGCCUGGCGAAGCGUCUGGAGCCAGUUCGGAGGAGAGGAAACUUUCUUUUGUGUUCUCUGCUGUUUUUGUGUUCCUUAGGCCACUCUGUGCUUGGUGUGAUCUUCUACCGUACCGUCGGCUCCAUCCUUCCAGCUGCCUUUGCAUGUGCUGCACUCAUAUUCCUUGUCGCAGAGUUGUUGCCCCAUAUCAUAAGCUCGGGUUAUGGCUUCUAUCUUGCUCCGGGUCUAGUAUGGCUGGCCCAGUGCUGUCUGAUCAUCACAUGCCCCCUGUCCUGCCCCUUAGGGCUCUUUUUGGAUUUGACACUUAAGCGUGACGUGAGCACUUGUGGAGUGCGUGAGAAGGUGAUGGAGCUGAUCCGGACAAAUGUCAAUGAUCCAUACAGCGAGUUUGUCAAGGAGGAGUUUCGCCGUGGGACUCUCAGGAGCAAGACGGUGGAGGACAUCCUGACGCCACUGAAGGACUGCUUCAUGCUCCCCUCCACGGCCGUGCUGGACUUUAGCACCAUGUCCGAGAUCAUGCAGUGCGGAUACACGCGUGUGCCUGUGUAUGAGGAGGAGCGCUCCAACAUUGUGGAGAUCCUGUACGUCAAGGACCUGGCCUUGGUGGACCCUGCUGACUGCACGCCAAUGACCACCAUCACCAAGUUCUACAACCACCCGCUUCAUUUUGUCUUCAAUGACACCAAGCUGGACGCCAUGCUCGAGGAGUUUAAGAAAGGAAACUCCCAUCUGGCCAUAGUGCAGAGGGUGAAUAAUGAGGGAGAAGGAGACCCCUUCUAUGAGGUGCUGGGUCUGGUCACCCUCGAAGAUGUGAUCGAAGAGAUCAUCAAAUCGGAGAUCCUAGAUGAGUCCGACGGCUAUAUGAAUAUGAAAGUGAAGCGUCCUCAUCCUCAAUUGGAGAUGCCUUUGGAGCCCCGUGCAGUGCAGGAGGAAUUCUCUCUCUUUAAACUCCCUGAAGGCGAGGCAAAGAUCCGCACAUCUCCUCAGCUUCUACUUGCUACACACCGCUUUCUCUCCAGAGAAGUGGAGCAUUUCUGUCCACAGCGCGUGUCAGAAAAAGUCUUAUUUCAUCUCUUACGGCAUCCCAGCGUCAAUCAAGAAGUAAAGUUUGACCCAAGCAACAAAAUGAGUGCUGAUCACUACCUCUAUACACGUAAUCAUCCGGUGGACUACUUCAUUCUGUUGCUGCAGGGGCGUGUGGAAGUGGAGAUUGGAAAAGAGGGUCUAAAGUUUGAGAACGGAGCCUUCACAUACUACGGGGUGUCAGCGCUGACUUUACCUUCCUCUGUACAUCAGUCUCCAGUGUCCACACAGCAUCGCUCCCCAAGAGACACGUUUGAGCUGGGAGAAGCUACAAGCUCGUCCAGUUACUGUCCUGACUACACAGUCCGAGCCCUCACCGACCUGCAGCUCAUUCGGGUAACCCGCUUGCAGUACCUCAAUGCCUUGAUGGCAUCUCGGGUAGCACAGAGCCCUGAUCCUCCCGAGAUUAAGAUCCUUCCGAACAGCCAGACCAAACUCCUAAAUGAGAAGAACGUCACCCAAGAAAUGGCUGGCGAAGAUUUUUUAAUGAUGGAAAGCUACUUUAACAGCGACUGUGGAUUUGACUCAGACGAUGCAGAUUUUGAUGAGCUGGACUGCUCUGAUCCUUUGGCCAUGAGCGGCAGAUGUGACCUGCACAAAGGAAUCCGUAUCCAGGUCACCAAGGAGCCUUUUAGCAUGCGCAGUGUUGCUAACGUUAUAAUCGCUCUGCAGAGGAUGAAGCACACUCAACAUGUUCAGUCCACAGAGUUCACUGACCAGGACCUCUUCACUAUCUUCAUGGAGAAUGUGAUUGAAGAGAGCAUAGUGAUCGAUCUGAAUUGUAGUGAAUCCAAGAGUUACAGCAUGCAGGACAAGACUGUGCAGUGCACAAUAUGUGACAAGUCUAAAAGGGCCUUGGUGCGAAGAGACAAGCUUCCUAUACUGCUGGCCAUUACUCUGAAAGGUGGAAAUGAAGAGAAUAAAGCAUGGUUCAAUCUCUCAGCCUACAACCCACCAAACUGCAGAGGAAACACAAAAGGCCAGCCUGUGUGUUUGGGGAUUGUGAAGAGCAACCUGUUUCUGUCAUGUACAAUGCAGAAUGAUACUCCUUUUUUAGGCAUAGAGGAGGUAAAAGACAAAGAGAGCCUAAAGAUCAUCAAGGAGAACGAUGGAAUGGAGCGCUUCCUUUUCUUGAGAAACGGACCCGGUGACUCGCUGAACACCUUCGAGUCGGUGAAAUACCCGGGCUGGUUCAUCACCACGUCCAAGGACGACUUUAAGCCAGUGCAAAUGACACAUCAGCAAACCAGCCACCUGCAGUUGUUCACUCUCCAUGAUGAGACAGUAGUCUCUCAGAAUGAGUUCUGAUUCAGAAAAACAGUUUCCAGAAAGUAUGUACUAAGUACUAAGUGUAAAUCUGGAGGCUCAUUUUAUGUUUAAGUUUAUCUCAGCUCGAGAUACCUGACUGUCUUGUGAUUGUUGGUGGUUUCACAUUAACCAUAUUUAUUUAAUUAUAUUUAAAAUGUAACUUAUUUAUUAUAAAUUUUGUAAAGAUUUUUUUACUCUAAUUUAUUUAUAUGUUUAAAAGUCUAAUAAAAUAUAUUUUUUUCAAA